AGAGCAGGAGGAGAGUGAGAAAUGACAACGAACAGAGAGAGUGAGAGAGAGUAAAGGGAGAAGGAGGGGAGGGUCGAGUAAGCAAAUGGGAGGAGGUGGAGCUAGAGAGAGCGAGUGAGCCAGCGCGUGUGUGUGUGUGAGAGAGAGAGAGAGAGAGAGAGAAAGAGAGAGGAGGGAUGACAGGAGAUGUGGUUGUUGCCGCGGCAGCAGAGCAGGACAGAUCUGAGACAGUAAAACAACACUCCUCCUCCUCCUCCACCUUCUUCUUCUUCUUUUUUAUUAUUAUUCCUGCGUCCUCCUGCAUCCAUCCAUCCUGGAAAAACCUGCUUCUGCCUUCCUCACCCUCCUCUGCUUCCUCACCUUCAUCAUCAUCAUCAUCAUCAGCUGUGGACAGCCUUACAUGGACAUGGAGUAAGAACCGUCUGACGCCUCCUCCUUGCUCCUCAAAAACAAAGCCAGUGUCUCUCCACCACCACCACCACCACCACCACUACUAAUGCCCUGCCGACUUCAACAAGAGAGAGAAAGAGAGAGACAGUAAAAGACAGAGAGACAGAUAAAAAAAAGUAGAGAGGACAAAACAGCAAGCAAAAGCAGAAAGAGAAAGAGAGGAAGAGGCUGCAGAUCCAUAAUCUCCACAGCAGAGAAACACUUAGAGGGAGGCCGGCAAUUCUGUCUAUCUUGCAACUUCAGGGACCAUCAUCACAAUUUAAUAAGAAUUUGAAAGGCUGCGGCGCUGCAACAAAUCUGUCUUCAGAGGGAGAGAGGGCGGGUGAGAGAGCUAGACUCAAACAGAGAUAGAAAGAGAGAGAGAGAAAGCAGCGAGGUCGAGGCCAGACACAGAUGCUUUAACACUUUCCUGCCUGGAUCUUUGUCUUUUUGCUUUUUGUUGUUGUGAAUCUCAGCAGCAAUAAACCUGAGGCAGCAACAUCAGAAAAAAUAACUUUAUUAUUGUUUUACAGAUUUUCUCCUGCUGAGGUGUUUUUCAAUCAAGACUCGUUAUUCUGAGCCGGAAUGUCUUGUUAUUUACUAAAAGAACCACACAACAACAGCUGAAUCAGAAAAAUAUUCAAAACAGGAAUAUUUCCGCUCUUUUCUGAGAGAUUCCAGCUUUUAUUUUGGAAAGCAACAGGAAGUCUCUGUCCCUAUCUAAUAGAAGGACGUCCCAACCUCCUCAAAGUAAAAGACGGAACACAUACCUGUCAGAUGUUUUCCCGCUCCUUCCCAGUGUUCCUUUCAUGGCUUGACACCUAACGCUCAUCUGACCCCUCCCUCCGCUCCUCCUCAUCCUCCUCCUCUCCCCUUCCUCCCCCCCUCAACAUGUCCGACCACUUCCUCUCUCGCUGCCCCGAGCGCUCGAGGAAAUCAGGGCAGGUGAAGAAGUGAGCGACAAUUAUUAGUUGAGGCUCUUACCUGGGAUCCGUUAGCUCCUCCUUCCCCAGAGGACAGAACUCAACUCUCUACAGGUAGGACGCUCUGAUGCAAGAUGGCGGCUGGCGUGGCGACCUGGCUGCCGUUUGCGCGGGCGGCAGCGGUGGGCUGGCUGCCGCUGGCCAAGAAGACGAUGCCCAAACCUCCAGUGGACAACUCGUCCAGAUCAGAUGAGAUCCUGUACGUCAAUGUCAGCGGGGUCAGGUUUCAGACGUGGAAGAACACUCUUGACCGUUACCCCGACACGCUGCUGGGUUCCUCAGAGAAGGAGUUUUUCUACAAUGAGGACACGCAGGAGUACUUCUUUGACAGGGACCCUGAAAUGUUCCGACACAUUCUGAACUUUUACCGCACCGGGAAGCUCCACUACCCGAGAAACGAGUGCAUCCAGGCCUUCGACGAGGAGCUGGCCUUCUACGGCAUCGUGCCAGAGAUCAUCGGAGACUGCUGCAUGGAGGAAUACCGAGAUAGGAAAAAGGAAAACCAGGAGCGUCUGGCGGAGGACACAGAGGCCAACGAGGCGAUGGACGCCCCCCUCCCUCCGCACAGCACCUCCAGGGAGCGUCUGUGGCGAGCAUUCGAGAACCCCCACACCUCCACCAUGGCCUUGGUCUUCUACUACGUCACUGGCUUCUUCAUUGCUGUCUCCGUCAUCGCCAACGUGGUGGAGACGGUCCCCUGCCGGCCCCCCAAGGGCAGUGUCAAAGACCUCCCCUGCGGGGAGAAGUACCAGCUGGCGUUCUUCUGCAUGGACACGGCCUGCGUGCUCAUCUUUACCUUCGAGUACCUGAUGCGUCUGUUCGCCGCUCCCAGCCGCUGCAAGUUCAUGCGCUCUGUGAUGUCAGUGAUUGACGUGGUGGCCAUCAUGCCGUACUACAUCGGCCUGGUGAUGCCCGAGAACGAGGACGUGAGCGGUGCCUUCGUCACCCUUCGGGUUUUCCGUGUCUUCCGGAUCUUCAAGUUCUCUCGUCACUCGCAGGGUUUGAGGAUUUUGGGCUACACGCUGAAGAGCUGCGCCUCCGAGCUCGGCUUCCUGCUCUUCUCCCUCACCAUGGCCAUCAUCAUCUUCGCCACUGUCAUGUUCUACGCCGAGAAGGGCACCAAGGGCUCCACCUUCACCUCCAUCCCGGCCUCCUUCUGGUACACCAUCGUCACCAUGACAACGCUCGGCUACGGUGACAUGGUUCCCAACACCAUCGCGGGGAAGAUCUUCGGUUCGAUCUGCUCUCUGAGCGGCGUGCUGGUGAUCGCUCUGCCCGUCCCCGUCAUCGUCUCCAACUUCAGCCGGAUCUACCACCAGAACCAGAGAGCAGACAAGAUGAGAGCACAGCAGAAAGUGCGCUUGGCUCGGAUCCGCAUGGCAAAGAAAGGAACAACCAACGCCUUCCUCCAGUACAAAGAAGACAGAGCGAUUGGGGACCGGGACAGUGACAGCACGGCUCUGUGUGUGAAGAACAAAUCGGCGUUCGAGCAUCAACACCACCAUCUGCUGCACUGUCUGGAGAAAACAACGAACCAUGAGUUCACGGACGAGAUGACCUACAGUGAACUGUGUAUGACAGAGUCGGUAGGCUUCCGGACCAGCCGCAGCACCUCCCUGUCGAGCCAGCAGGGGGCGCAGAACAACUCCACCGGCUGCUGCCCCCGCCGGGCCAGGAGGAGAGCUGCCAUGCGACUGGCCAACUCCACGGUGUCCGUGAGCCGAGGCAGCAUCCAGGAGCUGGACACCCUGCACGUCAAGACCACCUCCAUACCCCCACAAACUCGGUCCAGUCUGAACGCCCAGGCGGACAACCUGAAGCUGAACUGCGGGGAACAAGACUUCACCGCCGCCAUCAUCAGCAUCCCCACGCCGCCCGCCAACACGCCUGACGAGAGCCUCCCCUCGUCGCCUGCCCCCAUCCCCGGCAUCCUGCGCAACACCCGCGCCACCGCCUACACCCAUGAAACCGUCAAAAUCUCCUCCUUAUAACCUCCAACCUCACCUUAAACCCCCCCUCCCCGUUACCCACCCUGCGGCCCCUCCCAGUCUCCCUCCCCGUGUACUCUGAACCUUAGGAAUCCCCUUGAACCCCCUGAUCCUGAACCAGGGGCGCUGCUAGCUGACAUUUUGGGGACAAAGACUCGGACGGAUCCUCUGAGUGCAGAUGGUUGCUUUCACUUCCUCACCCCAUGUUGUGGACGAUGUGGAUAGAGCCAUUUCAUCAAGAGGCAAAACAUACAGCAACACAAAAUGAGAGUCUGGAAAUCAAGGACUUCUCCCUGAGACUUUCCUCUAUCUUCAGAAUCUCCCCCUCAUGUAUUUUAGUCCCCAACAAGCACUUGACCCCUGCACAAUUUUGACUUUUGGGCCUCAUUGCACAAACCCUAUGAAGGGACAAACAGGAAGCAUGCCAGGACCUCCAAAGAAUGACAUUCAGCACCUGGAAACUACCUGAUGGACCGCGGUCAUUGGGUUCUUUUGGGUUGAAAGUGGCAGCUGAGGAUGGUGGUCUUGGUGUUAUGUUUUGGUUUGGUCUGUUUUUGAAAGACAAGUUGACGCGUUGGACCUGAGGGACUCCCAACCCCUGGAGGAUCGUUCAGACUCAGCUGGUCAGACGGACUGUAGACAACCACACAACCCUUGGCGGCUUCAGAGGCCACGGCUACAACCUUUUUGUUGACUCUAGAUGUCGGUUGUCGUGGCAAACAGCUGGUGUUUUUCAGGCCAAUCAGAAAAUGACAUGUGGAUUGGUUUUUUGUUUGGUUUUCUUCGAACAGCUCCAGACUGGAUCUUAGAGGCCUGACUGCAGAGAAACUGCUGCUCAGCUGAGUGUGAUGUUGGACCUCUUUUUUUUGACAUGCAAAAGUUGUAGGUGUAAGCCCCAACAGUGGGUCAUCAGGUCGUCAAAAAGGAUGAAGGAUGACUUGAGUCAAACAGAAUGUGGGAAGAUGUAUGAGUGAUCUCUUCACUGACUUCAGGUCUUGUUUUUAGGAAAGGAAGGAAAUGAUGAACGAGAACUCUAAAGCUUUUGCCAGAAUCCGGUUGCGAGAGGUGAAGGAAUAUGAAACUCAUCCAGACGCUGCUGAAACAUGUGAAUCUGACACAUGAACCAAACUGAACUGGGUUAACUGAUCUAUGCUGAGCCUGAAUACUGUUCACACAACUACACUGAGCUGAACGCGACUUAAAGGAGCCGAACUGGGCCAAACGCAAACUGGUCUCAGAAGAACUGGAUUUACCUGGUUUUCUUAAAUGAGACUGUGGAGAGAGAAGGUUUAAAUUAGGGAUCCUGGCCUGGAUUUAUGUCGUCUGACGCGAACUGGUCUGGUCUGGUGAGGCUGUAGCUCAGAAGUGUUCUUCAGCUUGAUGCCGACACCCAGACUGGGAACGAAAGCCUUUUACUUUUCAAAAUAUGCAACAUUACAACAAGCAGGAAAAUAGCAUCAACAAAUGAACAGAAUAAUAAUAAUAACAAUAAUAAUGUGUGUGUUUAAAAACUACGGUCAUUAUUGCAGGGAACAAAAAUGUAAAGCAACUAAGAAAUGAAUUUGUUAUGUGAGAGAACAUAACCAGUAUUCUGCAAUAGAUUUAAAUGGGACAGGGAAAUGCAAAACCAAAAGCUCUUUAGCAUUGAAAUCCGGUGACGUGCACUCUGGGUAAAAAAAAACAAAAACCUCACAUUGAUUAAGGCGGUAAAGAUGUUUCAGUCCUGAAUCUUUGAGUCUUCAGACUUUCACUUGAAUCCCCUGAACAUGAAGGAAAACCUGCUCAUGCAAAAUACACAAAAUGAUCAUAUUUAAUCUUGUGCACACAAUAGAGGAUGUUAACUGUUACUGUUAUGUUAGUAUUAGCACAAUAUGGCUUUCACCUGUGGUAGUGAAGCAAGCACCUGCUCGUUCAUUGUCCCUGACGAAAUUUGUCACUGCAGCAGACGGAACAAGAGACUCCAGUCACAAGCCUCUGUCUCUGUUGUCCGGCAGUGACACUGAGGAAGCUCGACAUCAACAGACAGAAAAAUCAGACACUGUAUCUUUAGUUCAACCAAUAAGAACGCUUCUUCAUAGUCUGCAAACUCUUCACAACUUCCCGUCUGGUCUCUGUUCCACUCGUUCCUGUAACUCAGUCGCUCACUGUUUCUUUGGGUUUUCUUCCCAUAUUAUAAGAUUCAGUUCAAUUCAAUACAAUGUUUAUUUAUCCCAGUAAGUGCAAUCGACACCCAACACAGCAGAUCCUGUUGAUCACAAAGCUAAAAACAUUCAAAGGCUAAUUAUAGCUUUAAAAAAAAGUUAAAUAUUAAUUGAAUUCAAAUAUUAAUUAAAUGUUAUCUGUUAUUUCUGCUGUUAAACUCUCUGUCCUGUCAAAACCUUUUUGAAUGAGUUUUUCUCAUUUCUGGAACAGUUCGAGGAAGUUCUGCUUUUCACUUCAUCUAACUUACUAGCUUAGCUUAACUGGCAGUUCACAAGCUAACUAGCUAGCCGUGCAAGUGGGUUACCAAGCUCGUAGCACCAUGUGACCCUGUGACCACGUCUUGAAUAAUAAAAAUAAUAAAUAUUUGUUAAAUCCUUGAUAAAAUGAGCAGUGCUGGUUUAUCAGAGAGAAAAAAGCAACAAAAUAAAUCGAAAAAUCGAAAAUAAACGAGUGGAACAGAGGCUGAGUUAAAAACAGGAUGGAGCUCUGCUUUUCUCUGCAGACAUUUCUUUUAACAUGCACACAUUUGGGCUAUUUCUCAACCACCAAUGGAAAUUACAUAAUAUUUAAUAAGUCAGGACAUGAUGCAAAGAUGUGCUGAACAUGAUUGGAUGACCAGAGAACGGCAUCAGCUACAUGUGACUGAAGCUGUAAGUGUUUUGGCGAAGCAUUUCCCCGACCAUCCAGAGGCAAAGUGUGAGUGAGUGACACCCAGACGGGAGACAAGACGUACAUACUGUAACAUAUUUUGUAUCAUAAACUUUCACCUGCAUCUUCCAAUCAAAUCCCCAAACCCAGAAAAAAAUAAGAAAAAAGAAAAAAAGAUGGAGAUGACGGUCAUCGGGGAUCUGACUGGCGUUCCUCUGUGCAUGAGCCUCGUACAGUAGAAGUAGCACUACUGAUCAUAGGAACUUAUCAACCAUAUCAGAGAAAAAAUGAGAUAAAAAAAAACAAUGGGGAAAAAAGAAUCUCAUCAUCCGUUCUUUUGCAUGACGACUCUUCUUUUGUUCUCUUCUGUCAGUCGUUGGUUUGUUUUCCUCAUCUCCCCUGACCCCCCCGACCCCCCCCCCCCCUUCCCCACUGAAACUUUUAAAGACGAGUGUUUGCACCACGAGACGUGAACGUUAGAUUAACGAGAAGAAACAAAGCAGAUGAUAUAAAAAUAAAAAUCAUUCAGGCAUGUUCCUCGCCAGAAUGCAAAGUGUGUGUGUGUGCGUGUGUGUGUGUGUGUGUGUGUGUGUGUGCGUGCGUGUGUGUGAGAACCGCCAGGUGUUUGUGUGUGUUUGUAUGGAUGUGUGUGUGUUUGUAUGAUGAGCAGUCACAAAUAUGCAUGGAUACCGUUAUAGGUAUUUUAUCUGUUUUCUCUGGCAGUUUAAAGAGAGAGACGGCAGAGCGGAGACUGAACGUGCUGUCUCUUCACCUCGAGGAUGUCUAUCUGAUGUCUGUUGUUUAAAAUCUGUGUCACAUUUUCUAAAAUACAUCAGCUGUCUUCAUGUUUUCACUCUGUUCUGCAGCUGUGGCUCUCAGCCGGCCUCCAUGCCCAAAGCGUCAAUAUUUAUCACUGACAUUAUUGGAAAAGCUCCAUGUAAAGGUUUAUGUUUUUCAUGUCUUUUUUUAUUGUUGCAAUCAAUACUAUAUGCUUUUUGUAGUAAUACUAAUUAGUACCAUAAAAUAAUUUAUUUGUACCACGAUUAUUCACAGUAGAUAUACUUAAAUUACUACAUACAUUAAAGUACAUGCAUACUACUACAUAUUACAAAUUUGUCUGUUUGAGUGUCCAUUUGAAAUGAUCCCAACUUGAGGUUCAGUCUCUAGCUUUUUUCCCAGAGCUUUCAGUCACUUGGAUGCAGUUGAAAGCUCCAGAAAAAGCUGGUAAGUGGGCCUUGAGUCAGGAUUUUUAACAGGCUAAUGCAGUAAUUAGUGGCAUUUAUAAUUGUAAUUUUGGCUUGAAGUUGAUCAAUUCUCUGACAUUAAUGGCUGAAAGUUAUUAAUUAAAUUCUCCCUUAUUGCUAAUAAGAAUUUUACACUAUUAAAACUAUUUGAAUAAUUUAAUAAUUUAAAUUAAAUUACCCCGUUAAUAAAUGUACGUCCUCUUUGUUCUUCCAUAUAAACGUACUUAAUUCCAUCAGACAGCAGGUAUACCUGAACUUGUUUUAUUUUUUCUGGGUCAAGACUCUUUCUAAAACUCUGUCAGGUGACGAGACAAACAGAAUUGAAAAAAAAUGUUAAAUCAAAUGUCGGUUGAAACUCUGAUCUUGCAGGGGCUUGUGGGUAACGGCUGGGAACCACGGCUCUACUUUACUUUGAUCUACUGAGUCAGCUUCUGCUGCAGGGAUGAUUUCAUGCAUCACCUCUACUGAUUCUGUCACUUCACAUCUCUGACGUCGCCAUAACAACCAGGAAACAUCUGAAUAACAUUUUGUUCCAGGAAAUAUUGUGAAGAAUAUUUGGUUCAACUACUGACUAUUUCCACCUAUUAUUGAUAUAGUUAUCCUUGAAUCAAUGAGCUCAUUGUUUUAUAAAAAUUAUUGAUCUACAAUCAGAUUCAGUGCAUAAAAUUCGGGAUGGAGGUCAGCAAGAAGAAAUUCUGAACAGCACACAUUAUGAUGAAGAUAAUAUUUAUAAUGAUCUAGGAUUGACUAUUGAUUAUUGCAGUCAUAAUUUUAGAGUAGUUUCACAUAACAGGUCAAUGAAACUUGUUUUGUUAAACUUCUGAUUUGACAUUUAGCUGAUGUGGUCUGUCACAGCCUCAGGGAUUUAAAGAGCAACUUUACACUAAAUUCACUUGAAGGAAAGAUAAAUUACAUUAUAUGUGCAGUCAGUUUGUUACGCUGGUUUUCAUAGUUGUUCUUUGUUUUACUCCAGAAAUUCCGUACUCCAGACCAGUGAUUCCCAACUUUGUCAACGUGUGACCUCGAGAAGCAAAUUCCACCUGUGUCUGACCAAAGAUUUGAUCUUUGCCUUUAGAAUUUGUUAUUUUUUAAACAAUUUUAGAGGAAAAUUAUGAAAGAAUGUGGAAUUACAACAUAUUAAAAAACAAAUCUUGUUUUUUUCUAUCCUCUUGAUCAUUUCAUGGCGCCCUGUCUUGUGGCCCAUUUAGGGAUCUGGACCCACAGGUUGGAAACCACUGCUUAAGACCAAAUGAAAAGAAUCACGUGAAACUGAUUUUAUGAAUAUGUGAAGCUAAAACCGAAUGUCAGGUUGCUUUUAUUUUGAGAUGUUUCAGUGGACGAGCAGCUGUUGAUCUGAAGUGGUGGUUACACAACAGCAGAACGUAAAGGUCAAGGGUUCACUUCCUGUCUGAUGACGAACCAACAAACUGUGUUUAUGGGACAAACAUGACAAAGCACAUUGGUCUCAUUCUGAGGGUGAAUAGACAAUAGAUGAUCUGUUCGGAUGAUAACCAGUGCUUCAGCUGGAGUCAAACAGCUGUUCGUCCAGUGAACUGAAGGACAGUGAUGUUCAGUCUCGGAGAGAGUGAGGAGUGGUGAAUGAGUGAAGGAGAAAACAGCAUUAAAGCACAGAGGUGUAUAUUCCAUUCCACUAAUAAAGACAACAGAAACCAGAACAGGCUGCGUCUCAUUCUUUAUGGACGUUCAGUCACAUGCGUUCUCUGAGGUCAGGGUGGGGGUCCAGCUCUGACAUAGUCUAAUCCACGUGAAGACAAAUCAUACCUACGGUGCAGGUCAAAGAGUAUGCUCAAGCUUUUAUGCAACAACAGGAAGAGCUUGGUUUCCUGUUGGUGCAGUAUAUAUUCAGAUGUUGUAGGCUGUUCGUAUGAAACCUUCCACCAAACAUGGAGAGCUUCAAAAAAGCAGUGACUUCAGUUCUUAAUCAAUUCAGUAAAACGGUCAGCAUCUAUAUUGCAGUCAUUACGAUUUUUUCUUACCAUGUCGUAUUUGAAAAGGACUUGCCGUGCACCUGCAAGGACCAACUCACUGACUGCUCGUUGUACAUGAGUCUGCCAGCAUUUCUUUUUGUUAUCGUAGUCCUCUGGCUGGACAAAACCUUUCAGAGAGUCUGGAAAUUGGCAAAACGUAACAGGAAGUUUAUUUGUAUUUUUUUGUGUCAGAUUCUGAAAGCAGUUCUCGUUGGUCUGCUGUGGGUUAUAUCUGUGUUGAUUGAUGGAGACUGGUACCUUUGCUGUCAUAAUCAAUACUAUGAACAACAUCCACAGUUAGCCUGCAAAGACAAAGAUCAAAUCAAAAGUGAGGAGAAAGCAAUCAUCGCUGAGCUGAAGAACAAGUCAAGGGUGAGUAUUUAUCUUGUUAUUGUUGAUUAUUCUCCAGUUUUUGGAUGACAACCAGGUUAACAGCCCUGGUUAACACAGAUAUUCACCUGAGAAACCCUGAUCUCUCAAUCUUCUAGAAAACAACUAAAAUACAUGACAUGCUAUGAUAAAACCAGGUUUUUGAUGCUGUUUUUCAGGUUAUUGGCCUGCUUCUUCUCCUCGUUAUGACUUUAGUGUUUGCCUUAAUGUCAUCAAUACCAUGGCGGAAAUGCUGCGCUGAUCGUUUCGACGAAAAUCUUCCCUUUGACUUGAUUAUUUUGGAAGAGGCGGAAAAUCUUGUGACAGAGAGACUGAGAGAAGCUGCAAAAGGCAAGCUAAAUGUAAAACUCGACAACUAUGUAGUUGAUGGAGAAUGGGUAAAAUGUUUUGGUGUUGCAGAAGAGCUAAUUAAAGAAACAUCUCUCGAACAAUCAGCUGAAUCUCCAUCUCUCACAAAAUCAGCUCCACCUUUACAGGAUUCACAGUGAUGAAACCUAAACCAAUACUGUAUUUUAGCAUGUGAUCUGAACCAACAAUGUAACACAAAUAAUACAAAAAAAUAUUGCUAACAUGUUUGUAUUGCUAAGUUAGCUUUAGCCACACAAUGUCAGUUGGUCAAUCACUUUAGUCCAGACUGAGAUAUCUGAACAACUACUGGAUGAUGCCAUAAAAUUUGGUGCAAUUUAAAAAAAAAAAAAAAAAAAAAAAAGUACCCUAAUGACUGUAUAAAAAAAAAAAAAACCCCUGUAUGUAAUUAAGUGUGUGGCCUGACCUGACCUCACCAACCCCAUAAGUCUGCAAGUCACCCUGCAAGGAGCUACAGGAUGUGGUCGAGUUUCUCAGCAGAAGAGCUGAAGUGCUACUUGAGCGUCAGAUAUAAACAUAGAUGAGGGAAUUCAGAUUUUACGACCGUUAUAUUAACUCUUGUCUACAUUAACAAGAUGUUUGCUCUGGUAACACAGGUUCUGUGAACUUUCCAAGAACCAUAUACUAUAUACUAAAUGAGUCACAAGGUACAGUAAAGUAUUUCAAAGUUGUGCCAGGGAAGAAAGGGGAACAUUGGCUGUGUAGUUGCUCAGUUAUCUGGACAGUUCAGGGGCUUUUUGAUGAGUUAUGGGGGAAACUCUGGUUUGCUUUGUCUUGCUCUUCUCUUUGCUUGACCUACAGUACAUUGGGAUACUUGAAUAAUUUUCUGGUUAGACUCAUUAUCAUUCAUGUUUGAUAAAUGCUUGUUUUCUAUGAUUUGACCAACAUAAUUUAGUGUUACAAUUUUAAUGUGAUUUUAACCUUUUCUUCUAGUUACAAAUGUAAUUGUUUUGAAAAACAGGGUGUGACAUUUUUGCUAUUCUUUCUAUUGCAAUUUAAAAUAUAAUUUUAAUACUUAAUAAUUUUGUUGUAACAUUUUAAGCAUUUAUGUUUUUACACAGAAGCCCAUUUUGGCUAUAUUUAAUGACUUUGUUUGGCUGCUUGUGACUUAAGUUGGCGCUAUCAUCAGGUCAAAGUUUUAACUUGUUCAAUACAUUGUUUUAUAACCAAAUAAAUGACAUUCCCUUCAGCUUUA